AUGCAUUGUUCGAUUUCAAUUUGGUAUUUUCUUAUUUUCACUGUAAUUUGUUUUAAAAGUAUUGAUUAUAAUAUUCGUGGAACAACCGUUAAUGGAUGGGAAUCUAUUUAUGAUUUAUUUAGACAAAAUUUCGUACAAGAACGAGAUUUAGGUGCAUCAAUAGCAGUUUAUUAUCAAGGUAAAUUAGUUGUCGAUCUAUGGGGUGGAUGGUUUGAUCAAGCACGAACAAAACCCUAUGAUAAUGAUACAUUACAAUUGGUGUUUUCAACAUCAAAGGGCUUAGUAGCUGUAGCUGUUGCACUUUGCGUUCAACAAGGUCUACUUGAUUAUCCAGCAUUAGUUACAAAAUAUUGGCCAGAAUAUGGACAAAAUGGUAAAGAGAAUACUACAGUAGCAGAUAUUCUCUCACAUCGUGCCGGAUUACCGAAUGCGCCACCUUCUUUUGAAGAAUAUCUAAACUGGACCGGAAUGAUCCAUACACUAGAACAACAACAUCCAUUGUGGCCUCCGGGAACAACUCAUGGUUAUCAUGGUCUUACGUAUGGUUGGCUUGCCGGAGAACUUGUGCGUCGAGUAGAUCCAAAGAGACGAACUCUCGGACAGUUUAUUCAAGAUGAAAUUGCAAAUCGAAUAAAGAUUGAAUUUUUUAUAGGUCUACCACCAGAACACAAAUAUCGUGUAUCCCCACUAGUCCACAGUGUGAACCCGCAAGAAGUAGUAUUAAACGAAUCAGAAAGUGCCGCAUUUAACAAAUACAACGAGUAUGAUACACAUCGAGCAGAAAUACCAGCUGUAAACGGAAUAACAAAUGCUCGAUCAGUAGCCAAACUUUAUGCAUCUUUAAUCGGUGAGUUGGAGAAUGGACAGCAAAGACGACUACUAAACGAAGAAAUUUUAAAGAAAGCAACGCAAUCGAAUACCCCCGAAAACGAGACGGAUUUUGUAGUACAUGAUCCAACAUCAUUUGGCAUGGGGUUUUUACUGUUUGAUCAGAUUUCUGCAUCGGUUCCACCAGGAACAUUUGGUCACAACGGUAACGACAAAACUUCUAUCUCAUUGUUAAAUGAACUUUUUUCUUGA